AUGGAAGAACUACGAAUAGAUGAUAUCAUCGGUGUUGAGGGCAUCAGCAAUCUCCCUGUUGAGUUGCUUGAACCAUAUGACUACUUGCUGCUGAUUCCUGGCUCUAAUAAGAAUGUUAGGGCUCUGUUUUUGCAAGCCUUUAAUGAUUUCUUCUUUCACAUGCCCAAUGAUAAACUUCUUCAAAAGAUAGGAGAAGUGAUUCUGAUUUUCCACAAUAGCUCAUUGCUUAUAGAUGAUAUUGAAGAUAAUUCUGAUUAUCGUAGAGGGAUGCUAGCUGCUCAUAAAAUCUAUGGUAUUCCCUUGACUAUUAACUGUGGUAACACCAUGUACUUUGUAGCUUUGAAAAAGGCACAGACAGAGUUAAUUGAUUUGGUUUUAGAAAGUCGAGACGCUAUUCAGUUCAGGGGUAAUAUUGAUCCCUUAUAUUUGAAGUAUGAGGUACUGAAUAUCUUGAUUGAAGAAAUGUUGUCAUUACAUAGAGGACAGGGUUUGGAGAUAUAUUGGAGAGAUAAUUUAUCUGCAAUUAAAGAGAAUUUACCAACUUUAAGUGGGUAUAUGUCGAUGGUCCUGGGGAAGACGGGUGGAUUAUUUCGUCUUUCAGUGAAAUUAUUGAAGUUGAUACUGUGUCCUAAUGAAGAUCUUGAUGUACUUCUCCCCAUUGCUAAUUUGAUGGGUAUCAUAUAUCAGAUAAGAGAUGAUUACUUGAACCUUGUGAGCGAUGCAUAUGCUAAUGCUAAGGGGACAGUAGGCGAAGAUUUGCUUGAGGGUAAGCUUUCUUUUCCGAUUUUACAUUGCCUCCGACAUACUAAUAAUUCUCCUGUCCACAAAUUGUUAAUGGAAAAUGGUGAUAGAAGCCAGGAGAGUAUUGCUGAAUGUAUUGCAUAUAUGAAAGAUGAAUCAGGUUCGUUAAAAUACUGCUUAGAUACGCUUAAGACACUUGAGGCCAGAACAAAGAAGUUAAUCAAUGACAAUGAUAGUAAUUUGGCUCAAUUGUUAAGUAAACUUUGUUCAGUUUAA